AAAUUACCUAACCUUUGUAUAUAUUAUUACCCAGACAAUUCUGAAUGAUGACUUCAACUCAAUCACCAGGAAUGCCAAGUGCGUUAUUGGCAGCUAGCAAAGUGAGCACAAUAUUGACAAGAGAUAAAUUUUUCGGCAAGAAGAGGAACCAAUCAACGUCAUCAACUGCAUCAGUUUCGUCCAUGCUUACAACGAACGCUAGGCUACGACAAUACAAGCCUAACGCCACCCCGACAGCAGAGGGGCGCUUCAAACUCAAAGAUACCGAGGAGCUGAACAGCGAACUCUUGUCGUGUGACUGGUCGCCGGACGGCAGCACCGUAGCCCUCGCACGCAGAGAUGGAGCUGUCUCGUUGCGGAACUGGACUGACACCGCCCCCUCCCCCUGCGAGUUGAAGGCACCGCGCGAGGUCGCCUGCGCUACCACCGUAGCCUGGAUACCUGUCGCUCAGCAACCUACCCUCAUCGUGGCUUACAGUGACGGGCGUCUGGUGACGUGGCGGGGCACGAAUAUCCUGCAGGAGGUACAUGACGAGCGGCUGGUCGACCUGAAGGUACACGUCCUACAGUGCGGCUCCAUCGUCACCUCAGCCGCCGACGAGGUUCAUCUCAGGGACGCUGCCACCCUCACCAAAGUCGCCACCUUCACCACCAGGCUCGGCGGCCAGGGUCUGUUGGGGUUCGGCCGAGUGGCCACCGUGACGGGCGGCGGACCGUCCAUCAUCGGCGGCGGGGCGGCGGUCUGGUGGUGGGAUGCGCGGACCGGGGACAUCGUGCGCAGGAUACCAGGCUCAGGCGUGCGCGGCGACGCCUUGCACGUCCAUCCUGCGCAGGAUAAGGUGCUGAGUGCGGCGUGGCUGACUAAGGAGGUCAUAGGGUACGGGGGAGCCGAGGAGAACCUCGUCAGGGGCUGCACCUGCGACGACCAGACGGUGGGUGUGCUGCGGGGGCUGCGUUACCCCGUGUGGUCUCUGAAGGCCGCACCAGGACGGGGGUCAGCGCAGGGCAAGAUGGCCGUCGCCGCGGGGAACUAUCUUCAUUUCGUUGAAAUUACUAAAUAA